CCAGUGCGCGAAGCGGGAACAUUGAUCCUGCAGAUUCAAAUAGGCAUGAUUUGAGUCACGUGGUUCUCUACUGGAGCAGUUUCCGCGUUUCGUAUCGUCGGCGAACGCUCUUUUUCCGGUUUGCAAGGCUAAGAGAAGCUGCUCAAAAAUGGGUAAGCGGAAUAAUAUGAUCCCUAAUGGGCACUUCCACAAAGACUGGCAGCGCUUUGUGAAGACGUGGUUCAACCAGCCAGCCCGCAAAUUCCGCAGGAGAACUAACCGCGUCAAGAAGGCCCGCACCGUCGCCCCAAGGCCUGUCAAUCUUCUGAGGCCUGUUGUACACUGCCCCACAUUCCGCUACCAUGCUAAGGUUAGGGCAGGCAAAGGUUUCACCCUUCAGGAACUCAAGGCCAGCGGUCUGAACAAGAGAUUUGCCAGGACCAUUGGUAUUGCUGUUGAUCCCAGAAGGCGCAACAAGUCCGUUGAGUCCCUUCAGCAAAAUGCUCAGAGGCUCAAGGAAUACAGAGCCAAGUUGAUCCUCUUCCCAUUGAACGAGAAGAAGAUCAAGAAGGGUGAAGCCACUCCAGAGGAAUGCAAGGUCGCCUCGCAGGUCAAGGGAGAGAUCAUGCCACAGGGACUCCACCAGGCUCCGGCCAAGGCCAAGGCCCGCGUCAUCACUGAAGAUGAAAAGAAAUUCAAUGCGUACAUCACGCUACGCAAAGCGAGAGCCGACGCGAGGUUGGUCGGUAUCAGGGCUAAGCGCGUCAAGGAUGCUGCCGAGAAUCCCGAUGACGUGACGAAAGUCGCUAAGGAUAAGAAAGCUAAGAAGUAAGCCUUUGGUACAAAAGUAUGUAUAAAAAAAUAAAUGGAUUUUCUCCAUCAA